AUGCCUGGUGGAGCCGUUGUCGCCGUGACCGGCACGACCGAUGUCAAUCGCGUCGAAGCCCCCGUUACCGUCCGCGCCUACCUCAUCGUCGCGUUCGCGGCCUUUGGUGGCAUCUUCUUCGGCUACGACACUGGCUGGAUGGGAGGUGUUCUCGGAAUGGACUACUUCAUCAAGCAGUACACCGGCAACGAGUACCCAGACGUCCUGUUCCCCGGCCUCGCCUCUGACAGCCAACAAAUCAAGGACUACAGGAAACACACCUUCGUUGUCCCGCAAUGGCAGCAGUCCCUGACCACUUCGAUUCUGUCUGCUGGUACCUUCUUCGGCGCCAUCAUGGCUGGUGACAUCGCAGACUUCAUCGGUCGCAGACUGACCAUCAUUCUCGGCUGCUUGAUUUUCAUUGUCGGUGGCAUCCUCGAGACUGCUUCGACCGGCCUCAAUGUCAUGGUCGGUGGUCGUCUUAUUGCCGGUUUCGGUGUUGGUUUCAUCUCAGCUAUUGUCAUCCUGUACAUGUCUGAGAUCGCUCCUCGUAAGGUCCGUGGUGCCGUCGUUGCCGGCUACCAGUUCUGCAUCACCAUCGGUAUCUUGCUGGCCAACUGUGUCGUAUAUGCAACCCAGAACCGCCGCGACACUGGCUCCUACCGCAUCCCGAUCGCCGUCCAGUUCCUGUGGGCUAUCAUCCUUGGUACCGGUCUUGCCCUCCUCCCUGAAUCUCCACGUUGGUUUGUCAAGAAGGGCAAGCUCGACAAGGCGGCCAAGGCGCUCGCCCGCGUCCGUGGCCAGCCCGUCGACUCUGAAUACAUCCAGGACGAACUCGCUGAAAUCAUCGCUAACCACGAGUACGAGAUGUCCAUCAUUCCCCAGACUAGCUAUCUCGGUUCCUGGAUGGCUUGCUUUGAGGGCAAGAUCUCCCAACCCUCGUCCAACGUCCGCCGUACCGUCCUCGGUAUCUUCAUGCAGAUGAUGCAGCAGCUGACUGGUAUCAACUUCAUCUUCUACUUUGGUACCGUCUUCUUCCAGCAGCUCGGCACCAUCGACAACCCCUUCCUCAUCUCCCUAGUUACCACUCUCGUCAACGUGCUGUCGACUCCAUUUUCCUUCGUCAUGGUUGAGAAGCUCGGUCGCCGCAUGAUCCUCAUCUGGGGUGCCGCUCUCAUGGUCAUCUUCCAGUUCAUCGUCGGUAUCAUUGGUGCCACCGCUGGCAAGUCUAGCGAACACAACCCGGCCGCCGUCAAGGCCAUGAUCGCCUUCAUCUGCUUGAACAUCUCCUCGUUCGCUAUGACUUGGGGUCCCGCUGCCUGGAUCGUCAUUGGUGAGAUCUUCCCUCUGACCAUCCGUUCCCGUGGUGUCGGUCUCUCCACCGCCUCCAAUUGGUUCUGGAAUUGCAUCAUCGGUGUCAUCACGCCGUACCUCGUUGCCGACCAGCCGCACUCCGCCAAGUUGGGCUCCAACGUCUUCUUCAUGUGGGGCGGUCUUUGCUGCAUCUCCUUCCUCUUUGCCUUCUUCUUCGUCCCCGAGACCAAGGGCCUCACCCUCGAGCAGGUCGACAAGAUGCUGGAGGAGACUACCCCGCGCACCUCUCGCAAGUGGAAGCCUCACUCGACUUUCGCCGCCGACAUGCACCUUGCGGAGAAGCACAUCGAGGUGCCCGUCGGCACCGAGAACGUCGAACCCAAGUCUAUGGCCUAGGUGCGGACUUCUCACCCUCCGGAAUAAUGCGUAAUGGUUGGAUACGGCGGCAUGUUGGGACGAUGCAAUGGAGCGACGCGUUGAUGGUGCGUAUGUAAUGCUGCGAAACCGCACUGCGUGCGGUGGAGUACGUAUAUCAAUAGUCAAUAUUUAUACAUACUUCGAGCUGGCUUUUUGCUGGUCUCCUGAUCUU